AUGGAAAGUGAAUUUAUCAUUUCCAAAAAAGAGUCUCAAAUAUUCCCCGAUAUCAUUGAUAAUUGCUCUGACUUUCCUGCUGUUAUAAAGAAAGCUGAAUUGUAUCGAGUAUAUAAUUAAUAUUAGUUAGGAUACAGAAUUUAUAAGGAAUCUCAAUAAAAUUCAAAAAAAUGCAAUUGCUUUAAGUUUAUAAAGAUCAUAUUCAAUAUAAAUUGUGUGAUAAACUAAAUGAUGACUGA